AUUCUAUAGUAAGAAUUCUUGCAGUAGUGUAACUAAAUUACUACUACUUCUACUAUAGGCCUCACUAGUCUUUUGGCCAUAGUAGCAAGACACUUGUUUUAGUACUAUAUUUCAAAUAUAAACAGUAAUGGCUUUCUCUGCUGGACAAUCUUAUGCAGUUUCAACAAAUUUUGAUCCCUUGCGACAAAAUUUCUUGGGUUCUAAGCCUCACAUUUCAUCAUUUUCCAUCAACUUGAAAAAAUGUGAAAAGCCUAACAUUUUGUCCAAAAAACCUGUCUAUAUUUCAGCAGUAUUAAGUGGAUUUGGACAUGCUGAUGAAUCAAAAGAGUCCAAAUCUAGGGACCCUUUAGUCCAAUGCAAUGCAUAUGAAGCUAGUCGACCGCAAUCGGUACCAAUCAACAUUGAGUUUGGCCAAGAAGCUCAGGCUGCUGCUGCUCAGAAGAUUAAGAUUGGGCUAUAUUUUGCAACGUGGUGGGCAUUGAAUGUUGUUUUCAAUAUAUACAACAAGAAGGUGUUGAAUGCCUUUCCAUUUCCAUGGCUUACUUCUACUCUUUCUUUGGCUGCUGGCUCUCUCAUCAUGUUGGCUUCUUGGGCUACCAAGAUUGCUGAAACCCCAAAGACUGACUUUGAUUUCUGGAAAGCCUUGUUUCCUGUAGCUGUGGCACACACAAUUGGGCAUGUGGCUGCAACAGUGAGCAUGUCAAAAGUUGCAGUUUCAUUCACACACAUUAUUAAGAGUGGAGAGCCUGCUUUUAGUGUUUUGGUUUCAAGAUUGUUAGGUGAAACUUUCCCUUUGCCAGUUUACCUUUCACUUGUGCCAAUUAUUGGUGGUUGUGCACUUGCUGCUAUUACUGAACUCAACUUCAAUCUAACAGGUUUUAUGGGGGCAAUGAUAUCAAACUUGGCAUUUGUAUUCAGAAACAUAUUCUCAAAAAAGGGCAUGAAAGGGAAGUCAGUUGGAGGGAUGAAUUACUAUGCUUGUCUUUCAAUGAUGUCUCUUUUAAUUCUGAUUCCCUUUGCUAUUGCUGUGGAGGGUCCACAAGUAUGGGCACUUGGAUGGCAGAAAGCUGUCUCCCAAAUUGGCCCAAAAUUUAUAUGGUGGGUGGUGGCCCAAAGUGUGUUCUAUCACUUGUACAACCAAGUCUCCUACAUGUCCCUAAAUGAGAUCUCCCCAUUGACAUUUAGCAUUGGUAACACUAUGAAGAGAAUUUCUGUCAUAGUCUCAUCUAUCAUCAUCUUCCAAAUUCCAAUUCAACCAGUCAACGCCCUUGGAGCUGCCAUUGCAAUCGUGGGAACUUUCCUAUACUCACAGGCUAAGCAGUAACCGGAAUUUGGUGAGGGUAGAUGAAAAGAAAAAUUGGGGACUUAAGACUUGCUUUGAGGAAAGUAAAAGAUGGAUAGAACUGGACCUAUCACUUGUUGUAGAUGAGAUAUUUUAAUGUUAUCUUAGUGACUACUAGCAGCAUCCUAGCAAAUGACCCGAGGCAUCGAAAUGGUACCAGCCGUACUUAAUAGUAGAAGAAUUUGGCUGAAAUAUGUAAAAUUAUCCCUAGCUCCUAAAAAGAUUGUUCAUUGUUUUUCCCUAGCAAAUGACUGGAGGCAUGGCUAGAUGGAUGUGAAAAAUGGGCAGUCUCAGUGAUAUUUGUAUUUACCCUUACGAUGUGAAUUAAUAUGAAAAUAUUGUAUGUGUUCGUGGUG